ACUCUCAACUUUACCCAUUUCGACCUAGAGGGCAACACGUUCUACCAGGCGUCCGAAUGCGAGUACGACUACGUGGCAGUGUUGUCCAAGAGUCCGGACGGUUCCCUACACAAGCACGGUUCUUUCUGCGGCUCGAGUGUUCCGCCGGUCGUCACAUCCGAGUGGAACGUCUUACGGGUUGUGUUCCGGUCCGACAAGACGAUACAGAAGACGGGUUUCGCGGCCGUCUACUUUACCGACAUCGACGAGUGUGCGGUCAACAAUGGAGGGUGUCAACAGGAGUGUAAAAAUACCGUCGGUUCCUAUCUGUGCUUUUGCCGGAAUGGUUACACACUGCACGACAAUGGGCACGACUGCAAGGAGAGUGGCUGUAAGCACGAGAUCUUCGCCUCGCACGGUCAGAUCCUGAGCCCAAAUUAUCCGGAUUACUAUCCACCGAAGCAGGACUGUGUCUGGUAUUUCACCACUACCCCAGGUCAUCGGAUACGUUUAGAUUUCAACGUAUUUGACAUUGAGCCACAUCAGGAGUGUGCCUACGAUCAUAUCGUAAUCUACGAUGGUAACUCACCGGACAACCGGACCCUGGGACGCUUCUGUGGGACGGAAGUGCCAAAUCCCAUCGUAUCGACCUCGCAUCAAAUGUGCAUGAUAUUCAAUAGUGACAAUAGCGUGCAGGGUAGCGGAUUUAUCGCUAGCCACUCGACUGCCUGUGGGGGUCGGCUACGGGCGACCGAGGUGAAGAAUCAUUUCUACUCCCACAUCAAGUUCGGCUCGGGCAUGUACGAGAACGGAGCAGACUGCGAAUGGACCAUCGAGGCCGAAUCUGGUCAGAACGUGCAGCUCAAGUUUCUUAGCUUCGAGCUAGAAGAGGAAAAGUUGUGUUCAUACGACUACGUCGAGGUCUCCGAUGAACAUGGAGCGAUGCACGGACGUUACUGUGGCAAUACGAGUCCACCGGAAAUCAUAUCGAUGCACGAGGUUCUGACGGUAAGGUUUCGGUCAGACGAUUCGGUUGGUUUCAAGGGGUUUUCGGCCAUGUACGCUGCAGUAGAAGUGGAUGACGUGUUGACCACCGAUGAAGAAAAUUCUGAAAGUUCCGAAAUCGUCCCGUUUCCUGGUUCAUUGAAUCGAAUGUUCAUCAACAGUAAAGAGAUGAUCGAGAAGAAGGUUGGCAAGGACGACAAUGUCGGUUUUGCGAUCCAUCCUCCCCGCCCGGCGAACAGUAAGAAAUUGGAUUUAUUGCAGCUACAAAGUGAUCCUCUAAACGAAAAAAACAACAACCAACAGCCUUGA